AGCUCACGGAAGUACGCCGUGAUGGUAUCCAAGACGAGGUUCAUCGACAGCACUAACUACAUGCAGUGCUCAGUCACAUGUGUGUACGAGUCCAACGGAAUGCAGGAAGCUUUCGCGUUCCCAAAGAAAAGUCCUUACCGGGAAGCCAUUAAUUACCACCUGCUGCGCUUGAGGAAUGAGGGGGUGCUGGAUCAUCUGCUGUGGAACUUGUGGAAAGUGGGCAGCACACAGCACCACCAGCAGCAGUCCACGCCUAUGGUAGCUGCGAGGCAAGUCGCCCCAGCACUUGUGGUCCUGGUAGCUGCUGGAGUGAUAGCCCUAUGCCUGCUGUUGCUGGAGAAUGCCUGCUGUAGGAGGGGUGCAGAAGUAGUCUGUGCCACAGGUGGAUGCAAAGCUAGUGACUCCAGUUAUAGCAGUCACUGUUCUCUCCACCCCAUGCCUCCUGCUGCUGUGUACUAAUAGAAUACAAUUACCUUCAUGUUAAUUUUUUCAGUAUGUAUUUUACAACUCGUUCAAGGCAUAAAAAUAGUUGUACAUCCAUUCUCCCUCUUUUAUGUGCACACUCAGUAACAUUCAGGUGUGUCUCUGAAACAGGGUACGCAAUUGAGAGAUUAGUUUUCUGAUGGGCAAGCAGAUUUCAUAUCAUCUUCUUUGACAUUACUGUUCCAUCAGGCUGCACGUGUCCAUCUAAUACAGUGUUUCUCAACUUUUCUGAUAUCAACAACCCUAAGCGCAAGCAAAUACCCUUACAGGAAAAAAAUCACAACACCAAAAAAAAUUAAUGUAGAAUAAUAAAAUUUCAGGAAUACAUUGUUCUAGCUAAUAUAUUUCAGUUAUUAACAUUGCAAGAUCACAGGUUAAUGUAAUUGUGAGAUAAGCCAUUCCAAAUGUGUAAUGCUGCUACAUUAAUAAGCAGUGUAACUGCCAGAAUGUUGAAUGCAAGCAUGCAAAUGUGUGUGCAUUGUGUUGUGCAGCUGCCAGAUGUUAGUUUGUGGGAUGGAGUAGCUUACCUGUUGCAUUUGAUCAGUCCAUACAGAAAUGGUUAAUGCUGCUUGAGGAUGACACUGGAGUUGUCAUACAGUGAUGUCCCAUAUGUGCUUGAUUGGAGACAGAUCUGGUGAUCAAACAGGUCAAGACAACAUGUUGACACUCUGUAGAGCACGUUGGGAUAAAACAGCAGUAUGCAGAUGAGUGUUAUUCUAUUGGAAAACACCCCCUGGAAUGAUGUUCAUGAAUGGCAGCACAACAAGUUGAAUUAUCAGAAUGACAUACAAAUCUGCAGUCAGGAUGCUUGAGAUAACCAAGAGAGUGCUCCCAGUAUCAUUCGAAAUCAUACUCCAGACCAUAGCUCCAAUGUGUCUAGCACACAGACAAGUUGGUUGCAGGCACUCACCUGGCCUCAUAAACAUCAUACAGCUUCAAUCAGCUUUCAUCAGAAAACAUAACAGACCUCCAACCUGUCCUCUAAUGAGCUCUCACUUGAUACCACUGAAGCCACAAGUCGUUGCAGUUUGGGAUCAAUGGAAUGCAUGAUACAGAGCAUCUGCUUGGACUGUCCACGAAGUAACUGAUUUGUAAAAGUUCGAUGUGUCGCUGUGGUGCUCACUACUGUUCAGAUUGCUGUUGGAGAAGCAGUACAAUGCAAUGGGGCCAUAUGCCUAACACAAUGGUCUUCCUUCUUGGUAGUGCUACAAGGCCAUCUGGGUCCCGGCCUUCUUGCGACCAUACCUUCUCGUUACUAUUGCUGCCAGCAAUGAUGUACAGAAGCUACAUUCCUGCUAAAUCUUUCUUCAAUAUUGCAGAAAGAACAUCCAGCUUCUCAUAGCCAUAUUACAUGACUUGUUCAUGUAGCCCUAUUAUACGACCUUGUUCAAACUCAGUGAGGUGUUGAUAAUGGCCUCUUAAUAGCCUUAGAGGCACUCUUGACCAGCAUCAACUCAUCAUGUCAAAUCUCAAAAAUAACUUAUGCUCAUGAUUUUUAGAAUGUGUAGUGGCACAAAAUUUGACUACACACCAUAUAUCAGAUGUGAAAACAUGCCUCUCAACUUUCGUUUAUGUCACACAACUCCUUCUUGGUGGUGCAGUUUUUGUUCCUUGGUGUAUCAGCUAAUGCUCCAAGACCCUGCACCAUCAUCAACAUUAGCACCUGCAAUUUAGAAUGAAAAUUAAUUUUCUUUGAACACGUUUGGUUUGCAAAUAACUAAAGAUAAACAAUAUUUAGUUUUUGUAGGUGUUUUGUUAAACCACAUACUAAUCAGUGAGAGAUUUGGUUUUGCUUAUUUCUAAUAAUAUUUUUUUAUAGAACAACAAUGCAAUUCUCAGUAACCCCAAAUGCUACCUACAACUCCUCCUCAGAAAAAAAGCUAACUAUCCAUACUGAAGUAGACACUCAUUACAAAACAUGAUUCCUCUGCACCACUCCUCUCCCUAGCAACACUUACUUCUUCCAUACAUUGCAACCUCAUUUAAAAUACACCAAGUAACAAUGUAUGAUCUUUAUUUUCUAAUCACUGGAUUGCUGGUUUCCCCACUUCUGAAUUGGCAGAAAUUGGUAGACAUUGGACAGCCAGUGAUCUGCAUAUGAUAAUUGCCACUAAUAAUA